AACUUUGUUCUGUCUCAGUAACAAAACCGAUAAUUGUAUUAAAAUUAAUUAAUUUAGGUACCAGCCAAGGCAAAUCGUUAAACUUCUCUUGUUCGUCUUGAAAAUUUAAUGACCUUUACUUUUGCUCUGUGCUGUGAUCUUUCUGUAGUUUGCCCGUCACCACUGCCGUCUUGACAGUUUAAAUGCGACAAUAAUAUACCGACUGGUUUUGGAGAGUAUUGCUGUGUACGUAUGUAGGCUGUUCAUCUUCUGAGAGGGUGUCGCCGCCAAACUCUUUACAGCGUAAGAAACAAUCAGAUACUCAACAUUAGAUAUACAGUUGUCAAAUUAGGACAGUAUGAAGACCAUUGUGCAAAGUAUUAGUUUUUUAAUAUUAUUUGGAGUAUCACAAAUACAUGCAAAUUUAUAUUUUAAUACCAAAGAUCUUACUCUAUUGGUCAAUGAAACAGCUAAACUUACAUUAUAUUUUAUUGAAGACGCUCCGGAAGAUGCUUUGUUAACAUUAAGUACAAACCAUCCUGAUAUAUUAACAACUAAUGCAAGUGGUCUGAUAGUGAAAAAUUCAUCAAACUAUCAAAAAUGGGCCAUUGAAUUAUUUGCACAUAAUGCUGGUCAUGAUGAACUUACAGUAGAAUCAUUUUCUAAAAAUAUAAACACUAAUGAUGCUUUUGUGAGAGUAACAGUACAGCAUUCCAAAGAAUUUGCAUUGAUUAGUGUUAUUGUGGGUUGGAUUUAUUUUACUGCUUGGUCUAUAUCCUUUUAUCCUCAAAUAUAUGAAAAUUGGACUAGAAAAAGCGUUGUUGGUUUGAAUUUUGAUUUUAUAUCACUGAACUUGAUUGGAUUUAUUCUUUAUUCUAUGUUCAACAUAGGAUUGUGGAUACCGGAAGUUGAUAAUGAAUAUUUAGAAAGAAAUCCUCGAGGUCAUAACCCUGUUCAAUUAAAUGAUAUAUUUUUUUCUGUUCAUGCUGUAUUUGCCACUUUAGUUACUGUGAUUCAAUGUUUUUGCUAUGAGAGAGGCAGUCAACAAGUUUCCUAUACUGCAAAAUUAAUUAUGUUCUUUUAUAGUAUAGUUAUAAUUGGACUAUCAAUAGUUAUUUACUUGCAGAAAAUUACCUGGUUAGAUUUUCUUUACUAUUGCUCUUAUAUCAAGUUGUCAAUUACUCUUAUAAAAUACAUUCCACAAGCUAUAAUGAAUUACAAAAGACAAAGCACUAUUGGUUGGAGUAUUGGUAACAUAUUUUUAGAUUUUACUGGAGGAACUCUCAGUAUUAUGCAAAUGAUUAUAAAUGCAUAUAAUUAUAAUGACUGGGCUUCAAUAUUUGGAGAUCCAACGAAAUUUGGUCUCGGCCUUUUAUCUGUAUUUUUUGAUAUUUUAUUCUUCCUGCAACAUUAUGUAUUCUACAGCUAUCAACUGCUUUUUAAGAAAAAGGCUAUUAUCAAUCAGCAAUAGAAAUUUCUUGCAUAUACUCGAAUUAAUAGAAUAUGCUGCCACAGAAGCUCAAAAGUUUAUGAUCUCAAGGGUUGUACCUAAAAUUUUUUUGAAGUUACCAUAAUGUUUUACUAUACCUUUUUGUAACAAUUCUGUGACAUUUGUUAUUAUUUAAUUAAUUUUAAAAAGUAUGUAGAUGUGUAACACAUAUUAUGUAUGUGUAUUAUUGAUUAUUUAAUGUAUUUUUAAUUUUAAUUUUUGUUGUUAUCCUAUAUUUAAUAUUUAUCUUAAUUAUGAAUGUAUAAAUUGUAUGUGAGAUUUGUGAGUUAAUAGAAAAUUAAUUUUGA